UUGACAUGUUCGUGUCAGUUAAAUUAUUUGCAUGUUUUAAGUUUCAUAGAGUUUCAUAGAUUAUUGAUAUUUCUUCUGAACAUUUAGUUACUCAGGACGAAUAAAGGAGCAUCCAGGUGCAUGCUGGGAUUGCGAGCUCUGUUUGGCAUCAGUCUCCUCGUGACGUCGCGGGGAGGCGUGGUCCUUGGGCACAGAGCGGCACACCCACACGUGUGUGCGAGUACAUACAACAAGGCUUUCACACGGCCCGCCUGCAACAUGCCUAACACCAUCAGAUAUUUAGGUCAGGAGGAAGCUCAGCGUAUAGAUGAGGAACUUUUCUCCGAGUACAGCUUCAGCGUGGAUCAGUUGAUGGAGCUGGCAGGACUCAGCUGUGCCACCGCCAUCACCAAGGCGUAUCCUCUACAGUCUCUGCUGAAGAAUCCUCCUCGUGUUCUGGUGGUCUGUGGACCGGGGAAUAACGGAGGAGACGGGCUGGUCUGCGCUCGGCAUCUCAAACUCUUUGGCUACGAACCCGCCCUGCUGUACCCGAAACGACCAAGCAAACCCCUGUUCCUGAAUUUAACCACCCAGUGUGAGAAGAUGGAGAUGAACUUCCUGUCCGAGCUGCCUGAGGCCGAUGAGAUAGACGAGGUGUACAGCGUGGUGGUUGAUGCCAUUUUCGGGUUCAGUUUUAAAGGAGCGGUACGUGAGCCGUUCGGAGCCAUCUUAUCCACGCUGAAGAAGAUCAGUGCCCCCAUCGCCAGUGUGGACAUACCUUCAGGGUGGGACGUGGAGAACGGAGCCUCUGACGGGAUCCAGCCCGAUCUGCUGAUCUCUCUCACCGCGCCCAAGAAAUCUGCGGCUCAUUUUAAGGGUCGUUAUCACUACCUGGGUGGAAGAUUCGUCCCUCCGGCCCUGGAACGUAAAUAUAACCUGAACCUGCCGCCGUACCCCGGGACCGAGUGUGUGCUCCAACUCGACUGAUCCCGACCGCGAGAAACGACCCGCUGGAUAAAUAAAGCUUCGUUCAUCGCUAACACUGAGCACUUUGAUGUUAAUGUCACAAAAUGAAUGUUUAAAAACGAAAUGCUGAUGUUUAAACGUCAUUAAAUGACGAGACACGUGUGUUUGUGUGUUUAUUUAAUUAAAAUAUUAUAAUACUCAUAUAAA